AUGAGCUCAGACAUGAAAUCAGAUACAAAUGGUACAGGAAACAACAAAACUGAAAAGGGUAAACAUAGUAAUGCCAAGCAGUGUGAGGAAUUCAUUUAUUUCCGAAUUGAUGAACACUAUAUUGACUGUGAAUGUGCAAGUCCUUGCAGGCAAACACUCUAUCAGUCCACUAUAUCUGGUCGAAUGUGGCCGAAAGAGUCCUUUCUGGAAAAAGAAUUGCUGAAUACACGCUGUGAACAAUUCAAUUACUCAUACUGCGACAAGUAUAUGGACGAGAAAAAUUCUGCAUCUUUUAAAGACAACUUCUUAAAGCUGGUGAUAUAUUACGAGGAUAUGAACUACGAGGAUAUUUCAGAAGAACCGUCAUAUGAUGGUUUCAGAUUUUUGUCGGAUUUAGGAGGAGCUAUGGGACUUUUCUUGGGUGCCUCUCUUCUGAGUUUUCUCGAAUUGGUACAACUGUUGGUAGAACUUUUUAAUUAUCAUCGUCAAAAAUGUCGUAACAGAAAAAUCGAAGUAAAGAAGGGUUCGAAUGUUAUCGUAAAACCGACCAAAGACACCACCGUCAAGGACAACAUACAUGUAUUCACAUGCAGUAACAGAAAAAUCGAAGUAAACACGGGUUCGAAUUUUAUCGUAAAACCGACCAAAGACACCACCGUCAAGAACAAUAUACAUAUGUUUUAA